AACAACAACAACAACAUUAUGAAUAUAUUGCUGACUACUGAAAAUCUUCUACUAAAAUAGCGGGUGCUUUAAAAUCUAUUAACAACACAAAAUGGCUGCGAAACCGAAUGUGCUACAGGAAAAAACAUUUGAACUGCAACCACAACAAUUACAACAACAACAACUCAUCGCAACAACAACAACAACAACAACAGAAACAACCGCGACCAGCAGCAAAGUUCGACAGCGUUUUACUCGAACGCUGCAAAAAUGAAACAGAAACAGAAUCGAGGCAUUGUUGAAAGAAUUAUACAAAUGUUGCUCUCAAUAUGAAAGCCACCUAAAGAAAAUAGCAGCAAAAUAACACGGAAGACAACGACCUUAUCAAGGUCAAAGUGCAACACACACUCACACACACAUACACCCACAUACACAACACUUCCACACACACCCACUCACAACCACACACACACACACACACAAAGAAAUGUGUUAAGUGCGAUGCAAACUGCAAACUGAUCCGUGAAAAGGUUCAACGAAUUUCUUAAAGUCUAAAGAAAGAAAACCAAAAAAAAAAAUAAAGAAACCAACAACAAAAAAUCUAAUAAAAAUUCUUUAAUACCAAAAACAAAACAAAAAAUACUAAACAAAAAGUAAAAUUUAGAAAUUUGCUCUGUGAUUUUCUAUCAGAAUGGUUUAAUAAUCCAAAUAAUAUUAAUAACUAAUAAUAAUAAUAAAAUAAUAGAAUAAACGAAUACAAGAAUUCAUAAAUUAUUAUAUUUAUAAAUAUUGCCUAAUUGCAUUCAAAAAAUAAAUUAUUUAAGAACGAGAAGCUUUAAAUUUCCCAACACAAAACCAAAAAACCGAAAAACAACUAAAAUUCUAUAUACAUAAAACAAAUAAAAUAUAAAAUUUAGAGGCAAACUAAUUAGUGCAACUGCAAUUAGUAUUUAUGUGCAAAGCCAACGAAACAACAUAAACCACAUACGAGUUCAAGUUCGAGUUCGAGUUCCAGCAUUUCAAGUUGCAUUUGUGGCAUUCAUAUCGCGAGUCCAGCUGAACUCCGCCCCCAUCCCUUAGUAGCCAUGGAUGAAAUGCCAGAUUUGUCGCAUCUGACGCCGCACGAGCGCAUGCAGAUUGAGAAUGUGCUCAUGCGGCAAAAGCAGGAGGAGGAGAAACAGAAUGAGAUAAUGCGUCGAAAACAGGACGAGGUUGUCACGCUGGAGAUGCAAAUCAGACAGCGAUCGGAGCAGCAGAAGAAGGCCGGCGUCGAACUGGAUGCCACCUGUCACAUAUGCCUUAAGACCAAGUUUGCCGAUGGCGUUGGCCACAUUUGCCAUUAUUGCAACAUUCGCUGUUGCGCUCGUUGCGGUGGCAAAGUAACUCUGCGUAGCAACAAGGUCAUUUGGGUGUGCAUACUGUGCCGCAAGAAGCAGGAAUUGUUGUCCAAAACAGGUCAAUGGAUCAACAAGACGGCGGUGCAACAAGAUGGUUUCAUCCGGCGCAUCGAACCCGAUGGCAGCAGCGACAUCUCACAGCAGGCCAUUGUGGAUCCUCACGAUACCACGGACAAGCGACCAAAGCUGGAGCGCACUCGCAGCGCCGCCGAGAAGGAGAAUCUGCCCAUGCAACGUGCUGGCAGCAUGUUGCGUCGUCAGUAUUCACAGCAGGAGCAGCCAACGAAUCGACGUCUCUCCGUCUCAGAUAGCGGCAUGGAUGCCAUGAGUCCUGGACAACAGCAGCAGCAGCAACAGCAGCGACAGCGCAUGCAACCAAUGAAUCCGCAGCAGGCGCAACAGUACCAACAACAACAGCAGCAACAGCAGCAGCAGCAGCAACAACAAGGCUAUGGACAGCAGCAUCCACAGCGAUCUGGUGCUUAUCCAGAGGAUGAUCCGCGAUACUAUCAGGGCGAACUGGACGGUUUGAUGCGACAACAUCCGCAUCUGGCGCAUCCCAGCCAGGUGCAACAGCAGCCACAUCAUCAGCAGCAGCAACAUCAGCACCAACAGCAACAUCAGCAGCAGCAACAACAACAGCAUCUCACGCCACAGCAACAGCAACAACAGCAGCGACAGCAACAAGCACAGCAACAGCAACAAUAUGCUGCACGCCAGCAACAGCAGCAACAUCAGCAACAGCAGCAGCAGCAACGUCAGCAGCAACAACAUUCACAGCAGACACAAAGACUGCAACAGCAGCAGCAGCAGCAGCAACAACAACAGCAGCAGCCGUAUCAGGGACAAGCGACACAUGCUCAGAUCCAUCAGCCACCGUCAGCGAUGAGCCAAAGCCAACAAAUGGUGAGCGGUGGAUAUCAGAAGCCGCCGCCACUCACUCGCAAUCUGACGAUCAGCGGGGGACACGCAAUGGAUGCCACCUCGUACAAUCAGCAACAGCAGCAGCAACAACGUCGUGCCUUGGCCGGAGCUCAAUAUGCAUCGCAGCAGCAGCGUUCGUUUAGCAGCUCCGAGGAGGAGUUCCAGAACCAAAUGAUCGCAGCUCAGGCCCAGGCUCAGAUGGGGGCUACGAUCAAUGCGGGCUCCGAUUAUGACGGCGGGCGUCUUCAGGUGCGCACGGAUCCCUGGCGCCAACAGCGCAGCCUCAACGAACGUGAUCUGUUGACGGUCGGCGGUUCGUACGGUUCGACGGACUUUCGCCUGUUGGGCCAUACGAAUCAGCGGCUUUACGCCUCGGCGGAUCAACGGGAUCGUUACGAGCUGCAGCUGCAGCAUCGCGAUCGUCUCGAGCAGUAUCCAUUGACCAGGACCGCUCGCUUGGACGUGCAACAGAGGAACUCAUUGAAUCGCAGCAAUCACGAGCGACAAUUUACUGGAGGAGGAGGAGGUGGAGUCGGAGGAGUCGGAGUUGGGGGAGCUGGUGUCGGUCCUGGCGCUGUUUCUGGUACUGGUGCUGGAGUCGGUGGUGGCGCCUUCCGUCGUGCACCGCCCUUGGCCGCGGCCAGCGGCUGCGGAGGCAGCAGCAGCAGCAGCACCAGCAGCAGCUACUAUCCACAGAGCCAGAGCCAGAGCCAAAGCAAGCCGCAGAUUGUAAUCGGAGCGGGCACGGGAACGGGUGUUGGAACAUCAGCCGGAGGAGCAGGCAUUGCCUAUGAUCGUGGCGCCAUGUCGGCAACAGCAGCUGAUGGCGCCAGGGGCAGCCUGAGCCGAGAGCGCGGCCUGCUCGGCGCUGGCGGUGGCGGCGGCAGCAGCUCCCUCAGCUCCACGGAGGCCGCCUACUGGGACGAGCCGACGGGCAGCACAUCCUCCUCAUCGGCGGCGCAGGAUUCGCGUCGCUUCACCGAGCGUAGAAUAAAAAAGACCGUGCGCUUUGAUGCCCACGACGAUGAGUCGCUGUUGCUGCCACCUGGCAGCGGAGGUGGUGGCAACAACAGCAGCAGCGCCUUGCCACCAGUGACAACUAUAUUGCCCUCGACGGCUGUCGAUGUGGGCACAGCGACGCUGUUGACCAGCGCCAAGCUGACGCAACAGCCCCUCGAUGGGGAUUGGUCGCGUUGGGAUGCCGAGCGUCAGGGCAGCCAGGACUCGGCGACCAAAGAUUCGGGCAUCGAUACGAGCAGCACGUUCACCAGCAGCGAGGACUCGAAUCGCGGCGAUGGCCCCAAGAAUCCGGUGAAUUGGCAAACAUCCGCGGAUAAUACUCGCAUGAUUGGUCACAUGAUAUUACGUAAAUACUAUGAUGGGGAAGAUAUAUUAGGCUUAAAGGUGAACGGCGGUCAGCCCAUUGGCAGCAUCCAUGGCGGUCCAUGCGGCGCCAUUGUGGAGAAGGUGAAGCGCGGUUCGGUGGCCGAUCUCGAGGGCUGCAUUCGACCAGGCGAUGAGAUCAUCGAGUGGAAUGGACGCAGUCUGCACAACAAAAGUUCAGAUGAGGUCUACGAUAUUAUAGACGAGAGUCGACUGGAUGCCCAAGUGGAGCUCGUUGUCUGUCGCUCGUUGCUGUUGCCCACCGGGCCAAGCGGCAGCAUCGACAGCGGCGGCAGCAGCAGCAACGUCAGCCCCAUCAGCGCCUGCUCCGGUUCCACCAGCAGUGCCCCCCAACGACGCUCCUCGGCCAACACGCCGCACAGCGGCCUCGCCACCAGCAUGGCUGGCAGUGCGGUGGUCAGCAGCGGAGGGCGGUAUCUGCAGCGUAAAGCGCCUGGCGUUGAAGCCCUCGAAUUGCAUCGUGAGAAGCCGAGUGUGCUGAUCACAUCGCCUGGCUCGCCGGAUCUGCACGUUAGCGGAUCGGGCAACGGGCUGCGGCAUCGUGGCGCAGGCAGCUCGAGUGUUGCACAGCAGACACAGCGUCUGGGUGCCGGAGGCCACAGUCACAGCCACAGCCACAGCGGGAGUAAUCACAGCAGCAGCCACAGUCACAGCAGCCAUAGCAGCGGCAGCGGGGGCAGCAACAGCGGGAGCGGGAGCAGCAACAGCAGCGCGACACUACAAGCAGCAGCUGCUGCCGCCGCGGGCGGCCUGCACAGCACAACGACGGCGGGCCAUCAUCACCAUUGCCAUCCGGCAGCGCCAUCACCGCCAUCGCACACGCAUCCGCACCCGCAUCCGCAUCCCCAUCAGCAUACGCACAGCCAUUCGCAUGUGCCGCACCAUGGCAUGGGCAUAACAACGCAACCGAUCCCGAUCGAGGGGCGGCUGCAGCUCAAGCUCGGUUACGAUCAGAAUACGCUGCAGUUGAUUGUGACGCUUGUUUGCGCCACGGGUCUGUCGCUGCGUCAAAGCGGCGCCGGGCGCAAUCCCUAUGCCAAAGUGUUUCUGCUGCCCGAUCGCAGUCACAAGUCAAAGAGACGCACGAAAACUGUGGGCACAACCUGCGAACCGCGCUGGGGUCAAACGUUCAUCUACUCGGGCCUGCGACGUUGCGAUCUCAAUGGUCGACUGCUGGAGGUCACACUGUGGGAUUAUGUCCGCUAUGGCGCCAACGACUUCAUCGGCGAGGUGGUCAUUGAUCUGGCCCAUCACAUACUCGACGACGAGGCCGAAUGGUAUCAGCUGCAGCCACAUCAGGACACCUCCCAUCUCUUACGUGACGAGGGCAGCGAUGUGGACGGCCUGAUACUGACACCGACAGAUCAUUUAUCACCGCCCAGCACGAUGUCGCGUCUGAGCGAUUCGGACACAACGUCCGAAUGCGACAUCGAUGGAAUGACGCCCGGUGCCAGCAUAUCAUCCAUGGGCAGCUCCACCAGUCCGCCGCUGCUUGAGCUCGAUCUAAACGAGCGUCGAUCCAGACGUGACAUGUCACCCCAGGGCCGUAAACGGGUGGCCGGAAUGGUGGCCCGAGAUUAUCGCACUGUAUCUGGCAUUGGACAAAGUUAUCACAAUCAGGCCUCUGCCACGGGCUACUAUAGGCGAGGUGGCGGUAAUGGUGUUGGCGCUGCCAUUGGACCCGGUGGCAUGAGCCUGAGCCAGCGCAGCCACUCGGCGGCACCAAGCGAUAACUACCACAGCGGCGGAUCCGGGUCGGGGCACGGUGCGCCUGGCUACGGCUAUCGAAGCAGCAGUCCACGUCGAGGCUCCCUCUCGCCCCCCGACGAUCGUUACAUUGACUAUCCAGUGCUUCCAAUUCACGGUUCACCCAACGCCGCUGCUUACGGCGGCAGCUCGGCUGCGGCGGCGGCACAGCAGCAACGUUUCCAAUCGCGCUCAGCGACUGCCACGCCCACGGGAUCUCCCAAAAAGCGUCAACUGCCACAGGUACCACAAACUUCGCGCAGCGCCAUGUUGCGCGAUCGACUGGGUCAGGACUUUGACGAGCGCCUCGCUUCGGGCAGUCGCUUUGGACGUCAUCGGACACGACAGCCGCACCAUCAGGCUACAUAUCGCAGUACCGGCAUGGGCGGUUGGGAACGCCACUAUACCGGACUGUCGGACAGCGAUCUGCAGUCGAUGGACACACGAAUGCGGCCACGCCACUCUCUGUCGCCGGAUAAAGAUUUCAUGGGUGAAUUCGGUGACUCGGACAUGGAGUCGGUGGUCAGUGUGACGUCCAGCGCCUUCUCAACGCAAUCGGAACGGCCGCGCACAUCGCGUGGACUCAGCUUUCCACGCAACUGGCGCAAUCUUUUCGGCGGUGUGCCCCACAGCCUGCUGGGCAGCACCGUUGGCGGUGGCCCCGUCACCGGGCUCAAGGUGUAUCACCACCCCAUUGAGCACCACCGUGCCAACACCAUCGAGGUGGAUGACUGCGACUAUCUGUCGAGUGGCGGCACACAGCAAUUGUUGCUGCUGGAGCAACUCGAGCAGCUGCAACAGUUGGCCGCCUUGGCUGCCGCUGACUCGCCACCCAACACAGCGGCGCUAUGUGCAGCAGCAGCAGCUGCAAGUGGCAACGCUGCAAGUGCACUGCCAAUGACAGCACAGCGAGUGCUGGUGACGGAUACGAAUAGCGGUGAACUGGUCGAGCAGUUCUUUGUGGAGCCAGCUUUGGUGGCGGAGGAGACGCAGACGCCACUGUCGCUGUCGCUGUCGCUUGAUCCGUUGUCGCAUGAACCACAUUUGCAUACGCAUGGUGUCUACUAUUCGCCAUCGUCUCAUUUGCCCCAUACCACAACAACAGCAACAACAACAACAUUCAUACAGCCGCCGCCAGACAUGUACCACCACCAACAACUACAACAACGACGCCACUUGAACGGACGGCCGCUCGCCCCCACCACUGUAACCACUCAUGACCACCACAACCACCACCACCACAACAACAGCAUCAACAACAGCAACAACGCCUAUGCGAUGCCGCUGCCCAGCUUUGAGCAAUUCAAGCGCAUUACCACGCCCGUCAUGAAUCUCUUUCGCAGCUCCAAUUCAGCGGCCAGCGCAACCGCAACCACGCCUGCCCACGAUCACGCCCAUCUCCACGCCCACGCCCACGCGCACGCCCACACAGUAUCCUCCUCGCCCAGCUCGUAUGUGGGCUAUGUGCGUGAUCAUCUGGACAAGAGCUGCAGUCACUGCCAGAACGGCAGUCAGCCGGUCGUCCUGUCCACCAACACAGCGCUCGCCACGCCCGGCCUGGCAAUUGGCGCCUGUGGGGAUCCCUGUUGUCUGGCCGAUGCCCAUCCACAUCCACAGCACCAGCCCAUUGCGUAUCCCUACAGUGCCGAGCAACUGCUGCGGCGUCCCUCGCUCUCCAUGUACCAGCCGAGCAGCUCGGAACCCUCGCUGCCCACCAUGGAUCCCACGAUGUGUGGCGAGUGCGUUGAUCAGCAUUUCCUGGGCGGUCUGACGGGGCCACAGCUCAAUUUGGGCGUGGUGCCCACCUAUCAUGUUCACACACCGACGCCGACCGCGCAUCGUCGUGCCAAAUCGCAGCUGGCCACGCCCCCAUCGCUGCCCACACAAUCUGUGUUGCGUCUGUCCCGACAGCUGAGCGAGGACGCCCUCGUCUCGGCGGUGCCCAUUGCCGAGGCCACCGCACGGGCGCAACCCACUUCGAUCCUAAAGAAACCGAAGCUCGAGCGACGUCGCAUGUUCCACGAGGGACAGUCGCGGUCCCUCGACUACGACGAUCUGCACACCAAGAGUUGGGGCCGUCGACGCAUACGCUACGAGGACGAGGUGAUGCCACCCGAUAUGAUGCUCGACAUGGCCGGUUAUCCCGAGGAAAUGGGUGGACAAUUGCCCAGCUCACGACGUUACGGCUCCGAGACGAACAUACGUCAGUCGUAUAUGGGCGCCAAUGUGGAUGCCGCGAAUCCGUUGAGUCAUUCGCAUUUUCUGGUCACCGACGACAAGAUCGUAACGAUCACCUAUGACUCGGAUGUGGGUUGGACGCGACGCGGUGUUGCUCCCUCUCUGUUUCGGGGGCCACAUCGACGGGGACUCGAUGCGCGCAAUCACAUGUCGCUCGAUCUGCAGCGCACUAGCCAGCAGAAGAUGUAUGGCCCGGCAGCUCCGUAUAUGAAGCGACGACGCAAUCUGCCGCAUCCGCCGAGUGCGCAAAAUGCCCACAACUUUUCGCCCAUGGAAGUUGGUGUCGGUGGUGGGGUCGGUGUCGGUGUCGUUGGGGCUUCGGGGGUUGGUGUUGGGGGCGGGCCACAGAACAGUGUACACAACAACAGCAACCACCACAAUAGCCAAGCAGCGAGUAGUGUUAGUAAUAGUCACAACAACAACAACCAACAACAACAACAACUACAACAGCAACAACUACAACAACAACAGUCAGUUAGGCAAAAAGGGAAAGAAGGCAUCGCCAUCGUCAAUGGAUUGAUGGCAACGGCAUCGGAACAACUGACGAAAUCUAGUAGUGGGAGCGGUGGUGCAACAUCUGCUGCCGCUGCUGGUAAUAUCGUCGUCGAUGGUAAUAAUGCUAAUAAUGCUUCUUCUUCCUCUUUUGCAAAUCCCCCACAACAACAUCAUGGUGUCGCAUCACCCAAUAAACGUGCCCCAUCAUCAAUACAAAACACAACAACCACAAACGACGCCAACAACUUGACCCUUGACGCAACAUCACAACAACAACAACAACCAAAUACAUGCACAAAUCUCAUUACAAAUACAACAACAACUACAACAAACACAUCGUCGAAUGCAACGAAUGCUGCGGCAACAACAACAACAACAACGACUACAACAUCAUCAACAACAACAACAACAACGGCAACGACUGCUACAACAACUGCCACAAAUACAACAACAACAACCAACACGAAUGAACCAAACGCAACAACAACGAACGACGCGGAUGCGGAUGCGGAUGCUCCACUCGAUGUUAUCGAUUGGGAUGCUAUCGAUGCGAUGCUCGAUGACGAUUUCAGCGAGUACGAUAAAGAUAAAAAUGGCACCGGCGAACCAGGCGCAGCCAAAUCGGGCGAUGCCACCGGCGAUGCUGAAGACAAAGCUGAUGGCAGCCACUCUGAUACGACAACAGAUCGAAAGAAAGCCGGAAACGUGGAUCAGGAACGUUCGCCAAAAGGUGGCAGCGGAAUGGGCAAAAAAUCCAACUCGACGUCGCAGCUAUCGGCAACAGGUCGUAAAAGACGUAUGGGCUUUGGAAAGAAGGGUAAGAACUCGUUCACGGUGCAUCGCAGCGAAGAGGUGCUGCCUGGUGAUAUCACGCGAGAGAUGCGCUCGGGCGGAGGAGCGGGCGGCGGUGGCCUCUCCCGUGGCUCGUCCUCGGAGGCGGACCCAAUUGAACAGUUUUUCGGCGAUGGCGCUGGUGGGGAAAGAUUUUCGCCUUCACUGCGUAAUGAUGGAGCCCUUAAUGAGUUUGUGGAUGGUCUAGGACCCGGACAAUUGGUGGGUCGCCAAGUGCUGGGCGCUCCCUCGUUGGGUGACAUACAGUUAUCGCUGUGCCAUCAAAAGGGCUUUCUCGAGGUGGAGGUCAUACGUGCCAGGGGUCUUACGCAAAAACCCUCAUCGAAGAUGUUGCCUGCGCCCUAUGUGAAGGUGUAUCUGGUAUCGGGAAAACGUUGCAUUGACAAGAUGAAAACAUCGACAGCACGUCGCACACUGGAUCCGCUUUAUCAACAGCAAUUGGUAUUCAAACAACCUUACAACGGUUGUGUCCUACAAGUGACCGUUUGGGGCGAUUACGGCCGCAUUGAAAAGAAAGUGUUUAUGGGCGUGGCACAGAUAAUGCUUGAUGAUCUGAAUCUAUCGAAUAUCGUUAUCGGCUGGUACAAACUCUUUGGCACCACCUCACUGGGUCGUCCGAUUGUUUGGGCCGGUGAAUCAAUUAUGGAGGAGCAGGGUGAAUAACACUUCCCAACAACAGUGAAAACACUUUAAAGACACCAAACAAGCACAAACAAAAAAAAAUAAAACAAUAAUUGCAAACAUGCCCCCAAAAAGCAAAACGAACUGAAUUUAACCCUUGCAAAGAGCUGCCAGCCAGGCAGCCAAAUAGCAAAGGACCAAGGUCAGCCUGCAGGAACUAUGCAAAUGGGAGUUACCGGAACAAUGGAUAUUGGAUAUGUGCCCGAUUUCCAGUCGACACGUUGCUGGCCUAAUCUAUGUCCAAUAUAUAUAUAUGUGUAUAUAUAUAUACAUCGAUAUAUAUAUAUGUAUGCAUAUUUUUUUUGUAUUCUACGACCGGGAGAUUUCCAUAAAGUAUAAGAAUCUAGUUAAUUUUGUAAGUCAUGAGAACAAAUGCAUUUAAAACCAAAACCGAGAACACAAGCAGAGGCAGUAAAAGUAAAAACAACUUAACUAUGAAAUUCAAAAUAAAUGAUCCAAGAUAUAAUUGUACACAUGCAUAUACAUAUAUUGUAUAUAUGUGUAUAUGUAGACGUCUAAUUUAAUUGAUAAUAUUAUAUUUGAGAAAUGAAACUUGUAAAUUGAUGCAUAUUUGAAAGAGUUUUUAUUACACACCUAAGAUCACUAUUAUUUUCGUAAUACGAUUAUUAUUAAUUAUUAUUAUUAUUAUUAAACUAUUAUUGAUAAAACCAAAACAAAACAAAAAAAAACUACAACCAAUAUAUAAGAUUAAAAAAAAGUGCUAAUAUCGAGAAGAUCGAGAAGAUAGAACCUAAUGCUAAGUCAAGUGAAAAGUUACAGAAAAAUAGGGUGGAGUGUAAGAAGAAGAAGAAGCAAAGUUGUUUAAUAUAGCUAAAUUUAAAUCAAUAAAUUAAAGAUACAGAUUUUCAAAAUGUUUACGAGUAUAUAUAUAUAUUAUAUACAAUAUAUGUAUACACAUACAUAUACAUAUAUAUACAUAUAUAUAUAUAUAUAUAUAUAUAUAUAUAUACAUAUUUAAUGUUUAAGCAAGCAAAGAACCACUAACACUUAAAUAAGCCUAACUUACGAUAAACUUAAACUUAAAGUUAAUCAUAAAGUAACUAAAACAAAAAAAAAAAACAUUGAGAUAUAUGAUAUAUGAUGAGAUAUGUACUAUUAAUCCUCAAAAUAUUUAUCAAGCGUGACCGAUUGAGCUAAUUUAAUUUGGUAAAACACAAACAACAAAACAUGCAUUCAAUUGAUAAAUACAAAUUUAUCUUAGGCUGUACAUAGACCCACAUAAACACACCAAUACACACACACACACACAUCUACUCACACAUACCCAUAGAGAGUUCAAAUUUGUUAAACUUAGCCAUUAUGCAAGUACUAUAUAGAAUAUAUAUUUUUGUUUCGCUUUUUCGCUCUGCCCAACUGCAUAAACUUGGCAGAGAAUCCACAGUGUGCAAGUUUUUGAGAAAAGUGCUGAAAAUACUAUAGAUUAGCAAUCGGCAAUCGAUAUAUAUUUCAAUAGAAUACGACUUCUAUAUAUGCAUUUUCGAUAUUGAGAGAUUUAUUUGAAAGCAUUCUCAAUUCUAGAAUCCAAGCAUUAGACGCGCAUCACGCUCUCGCUUCUAGAUCACAGACACACGGACCCCUAAAAAUAUUUAUUCAACUGCAUACUCGUAUAUAUCUUCUGCCUACAUCAGAUAACUCGAUAACCGCAUCAAGUACCUUCAAAUUAAUAGUGUGAGCUGUAAAAAUGUUACCUGCUUGCUAUUGAAAUUCAUAUUAAAGUGAAACACAUGCCACAUCUUAGGCUUAUAGACAAUUUAUUUGCAGAGUUUGAAGACAAAACAAAAAAACAAAACAAAACAAUUACUUAUUCCGAUAUAGAAACGUAUAUGACAAACA